CCAAAUGUUUCCACUAGGUGCUAGGGUGGUAUUAUGGAUUCCCGACAAAUUUUGAAGAUUGGUGAAAUCUGUCAGAUGUUUGAAAAAUUACUAAUGGACCCUACGAAGUGAACUGAAAGUGCAAGUAAGAUGGUGUGAAUCGCGUAUAUACGGACGGCAACACCAGGAGAAGAAUGCCUACAUUUUUAACGCCGAAUCGCCAUGGGUAUUCGGUUCGUUUUUCUCCAUUCCAUCCUGAAAGAAUAGUAUGUGCAACAUCACAGUAUUAUGGAUUGGCUGGUGGAGGAACACUGUUUCUCCUGGAGCUGACACCUGAUGGUGGCCUUGUGGAAGUGUCAAGUGUCACAUGGCCAGAUGGACUAUUUGAUGUUGUGUGGAGUGAAACUGAUGCCAACAUUGCUGUCAGUGCAAGUGGGGAUGGAGUCCUGCAGCUGUGGAAUGUCGCUUGCCCACAGCUACCUCCGCAGACUUUCAGGGAGCACAAGAAAGAGGUAUACUCUGUGGACUGGAGUCAAACACGGCAAGAGCAGUUCAUCCUUUCUGCUUCGUGGGACUGCAGUGUGAAACUGUGGGAUCCAAACCGUUCAAACUCUCUGGCAACAUUCUUGGGACACUCCCAACUAGUUUACAAUGCUAUGUGGUCUCCACAUGUUCCUUCAUGCUUCGCCUCUGUCUCAGGUGAUGGAACACUGCGAAUAUGGAACUCGCAUAUGCCACAACGUGCUACAAUGACAUUACGAGCACAUGAUGCUGAGGUGCUUAGUUGUGAUUGGUGCAAGUACGACCAAAAUAUUCUAGCCACAGGUGGUUCAGAUGGCCUCAUCCGGGGGUGGGAUCUCCGUAGUUUCUCAAUGCCAAUCUUUGAACAGAAGGGGUGCGAAUUUGCAGUUAGAAGGGUGAAGUUCUCUCCACAUCAUCUCUCAGUAUUAGCAUCUGUUGCGUAUGAUUUCACUACAAGGAUUUGGGACUUCAAAGUAUCAUCAGAAGCAGUGGAGACAGUAAAGCAUCACUCAGAGUUCGUGUAUGGUUUGGACUUCAAUAGCCAUGUGGUAGGACAGAUUGCUGACUGUGGAUGGGACUCACUUGUUCAUGUUUUCAACCCUCGUUCUCUCAGUACCGUGCCAUCCAUUCCUAUAAAGUGAAUCAUUCCAGUUUUCUUUGUGGUUUUCCUCCUCCUAGAAUUUGUUUGUCAGUGCACCAUCUGGUACAUAGAUCCCUGCCUCAUAUUUAAGUGGAAAUAUUGUAAUCAUUAAUGAAAUUAUGAAGUAGGGAUGAUGGAAUUUGAUGCCAAAGAAGGUGACCACUCACCUACAAUAAUGAAGUUCUGAGCCAUGAAUGUGAUCCACACUUUAGAGUAUGGGUAGAUCUAUUUUGUUUGAGUCUGCAGAAUUACACAUGAGCUGUAAUAGUAGCUGGUAAUGACCAACAACUAUGUGCUGAUACACCACUGUCUUAAAAACAUUCAAGCUACUUUACUUAUUAUGGUAUUGUUUUGCUUGCUAAUGAAGUAGUGAUACAGCUUUUGAGCAUAUGUUUUGGAAACUUAACACUCAUAAGCUAGAUUCACUACAGUGGCUUUGAAUAAAGCAGUCAGAAACUUUAAGACAAGUUAUGUAAGCUUUUCAUCCCAAGAUCUUUGGUGAAUGACUUGACAUGUGUAUUCCUCCAGAUAAAAGUUAUAGUAUCUCUAGCCUUUUUAAAUAAAUUCACCAGCAGAAAUAGUUUGUGGAGACAAGGAGAUUUCUAUGAGCUGCCUUAAUUAUAAUGCCAAAACUAAAUUGUUUUCUUUGCAACUGUGUACAUCACUGUUCAUUUUCAUCUUAAAAUUUGAACAUUUAUUGUAGUCAGAGCACAGUGCACACAAGAUUUUAGACUAUUUCAAACUGUGUAAUAAUAAAAUAACCAUCAGUCUAAUGUUUAAUAUUUUUCCUUACUCAUUUUGUUUAAGUUUACAAACCGUCAAAGUCAGAUACAUAUUUGUAUUUACUCGUUGCUGGUCAUUCUCUCUAAAUACCAGUGAUAUGUCACACAAGUUAAAUUUUUUGGGAUUCAUAUCUCUAUUUUAGUCGUUGUAAUUGUGCAUAACCAUGACUUAAUUGUUUAAAACAAUAAAAUAAUACUAGUGAUCACUUUAUUCUUAUUCAGUUCUUUUUAUUACCCUUUGUACAUGUGGUCAUAUCUAUUCAUGACUAUAGAUUUUUUACUUCAUACAGAAGAAGGGAGUGGUUUUUUUAAUAAAAAGAAAAGAAAGUAAAACAUCAACUACUGUAUUGAUUACUACUAAUGGAUUCAGGUUUCCAUGUUUAUCAAAUCUCCUAAUUAAUAAGUACAUUGUACAGUUUUGUGUCGUGUAUUUAUUCAAAGUGAACAGCAUGGUGGCAUCAAUUUUUGUACUUAUUCAGCGAGACACUUUUCUCCUUUAAGUGUUAUAAUAUGCAAAUGGGAAGAUGUCAGUGUCAUGUGGUUGAAGAUGUAUGUAUAUCAACAUAACUUCUGAAGUUUUCCAAUAUUUAAUUGCACAAGAAACAGAUUAAAUUUUACUUUUACCUACAAUAUUUCUGUAACUUAAUUUAUAAAUCUAUCUGCCAUUUACCAGUGCAAUAUAAAUGUUAGCCCCACCUUAAAGACACAUGAGUAAUAGUGUGAUGUAGCAUUUCACUAAAUUAAUGCUGGAAUUGUUUUGCAUCUCUGGAUCUUGAGUAUGUUUAAUAGACCACUUCUUACUUAAUAGAUGUUAUCUCAUAUUUGGUUUUAGGAUUUUUAUGGCACUUGAUAGGACUUUCACCACUGCUGAAGCUGAGUGUAAGCAAAAACUUAUCUUGGUUAUCUGUGUUAAUGAAGCUGUACAGCCUUUCCAUAACUGGAGAGGCUGGUUCAUUCAACAUGUAACACAAAGACAAGGGCAUCUCCUUUAUAACAGUAUCUAGUAGAGCAUUAUGAAACAAGGCGCUCUUCAUAUUUUACAGCUGCAUAAUUUUAGUUAAAUAUUUGGCCACACUAUUUUUAAAAUAAUUAUUACAAAAAUGUGGACAACUUCAGUAUGAUUAAUAACAGAAAAGCCUUGCAUGCAAAAGAAUCAGAAUCUUAGCUUUGCGAUGAAAGCAUUGAGCCUUAAGAUUGUGAGACGAUUGCUUUUUUUUGGGGGGGGGAGGGGGAGAAGAGACAGGAAAAUAAUUAUUUUCGAUUGCUUUUGAUUGCACAUGCUUGCAUUUUGAAACUAUGGUUUUAAAUAGUUUCAAUAGUAUGUCACUUUACAGUUGUUGGCCUUCUUCUGCUAUGGAAGCAACAGCUUGAGGUUUUUUUGUAGUUCUUUUUUUCUUUAAGGAGUGCAAUACAUUCUGUAAUAUGAUCUCUACCAUCCCUGACCCGAACAUAAGCUGUUGAACUAAAUAAGCUCUCCUGUCCUUCACAAUCUCAGUAAUCUGCACACAUUCCUUAUCACAUAAUGCUGGUUAGAGUUAAGAAACAGAGACAUAAUUAACCAGCUUGCUUAACAGUUGCAAACAACCAAGUCUAAAUCUAUCUACAAUUUAUAUAAACAAUGACAUUUGUUAAAUAUGGUACAUUCCAGUAUAACAGCAAGAUUUCAACAAAUAUAUGUUUACCUUCUAAUGGGCAAUAUGGUACCUUGCUAUCCACAUUACAAGAUGCAUAUUUCCCACAUUUGGGUUAUAAAUCUGACACUGAUAUUUGCGUCAUACACAUCCACAUCAUAUGUACCUAUGAGGUUAGACGUUUUCUUCAUAACAUUUCAAUAUUAUGGUUACAGAUAAUCCACUACUUAUUUAUGUUGAAAAAAAUUCAUUAUCAUUUUUCUGAGCUGGAUAUACACGGUAACAUUAUUUCAGUUUAAUAUUUAAAUACAUCCACUAGAUUUGACUCAACAAGAAUAAUUACUAUUAGGUUUGAGACCAAGCUGCUAUUCAUCUGUUUUUGAUGAAUUCAUAUAUUGAACUGCCAGUUUUGUCUCAGAAUUGCUGUGUAUAGCGUGGUUGAACAAAGCAAUAUACAAUUUCAGAAAUGUUUUUUAUCCAGUAUGGGACAUAUAAUGUACAUUUUAUUUUUCUUCAUUCCCUCAUUUAACAUUAUGGGAAAUAAUUGUCAUGACAGUGUGUUUCCUGGUUUUUUAUUAAAAGUAGUUGGUUACAUGUAUUCAUUUCAUCUGUAACUCUAAGCUCCCUAACGCAGAAUAGAAAGAAGUCUGAAGUCAUGGAUGAAAAGUGUUCACACAUUUUGGAGUUUGUCAUCCUGUGAACAAACACUUUGAUGCAGUAGCAGCCGUAGCAACGUUACUUUCGGAGGUGUUGCCUGCCUUUGCAUUGUGUUCUGAAGUUUGUCACACAAAAUAUUUAAGCAUUUAUUUGCCUACAUAAGCCAGUCUUGACUUGAUAGGUGCUUUGAAUGAAUAACAAAAUAUGAAACAAGCCUGUCUUCAUCACUUGUAACAAAAUAUAGUUACAUCACUAAUAUUUUUAUCUGUAGGUUUACUGUGACUGUAACUCUUAGGUUAAAGUUAAAGGAUAACCAACUGUCUCUGAGCAUUUUAUUUUUAUUGUUUCUUCAAUGUCCAACCCACUUCAGAGUUAAACUCUGUUUUCCAUCAUUGCUGUUUGGGUUUUCCCCUAGUAAGAAACAGAACUAAGACAGCUGCUAUUUUUGCAUUCUGGACUUAAUUUAACACAAAAGUAAUUGUCAACAUAAAUUUAGAUGUAAAUCUUUCUUUUGUUACUGAAUUUAUGCCAUUUGCAACCCUUCAGUUGAUGAUCCAAAUGCAGAGGUAUUUCACCAGUACAUAUGCCAAACAUUCAGUGGCAGAAUGAAGGUAUGAACUGAGAAUUCACACAUAUAUACAUUCAAGUACAUUAGAGAUAAUUAGCUUGCAAUAGUAACAGGUCUUUCACUUUGUCUUUCUUUACGAAGCAUGUUAAGCUGAAAACCCGAACUGUAGUUCUAGAAACUGACACACACACACACACACACACACACACACAUACACACACACAGAAAGAGAGAGAAUUUCUCUUGCCUCCUCCAUGCAGCAGACCAUUUGAGGGACUUCAAUCAAUAUCUUGCACUCCCAACACGUCCAAAGAAUUUGUGAGAAAGUAGUAGUGCUUCACAGAAUUGAGUACCGUACAAGUAAGUCCCAUAGGGGUAGCAGGGAUACUGGUGGUAAAACUCCAUAGCUCUGCCAGAUUUGUAUUUUGAAAUACAGUACGGUUUUUAUCUGAAAACACAAUUGAAAGUCAGUUAUGAUGCUAACUUUUCAUCCUAUUCAUUUGUCCAGUACAGGAUAUCUGAAAAUAUUUGUCAAUAAUAUGACUUCAUUUUUUGCAGUCAAGUUAUAUUGUUGUUGCAUCCACAUUGUUAUAAGACAUGAUCAUUUGUUAUGCAGUGUUUAAAGGAUAUGUGAUAGAACAAGUGAUAAUGGCCUUCUGUCAAGAAAUUACUUGGCAGAGAAAUUUAAGUUUAUAUUAUGUGAAACAUAAAAUUGUUCCUUAUUGUGUACCUUUGGGGAGAUGUUCAGUACAGAUAACCAAAUAUUGAUAUACUGCUUUGAUGUCAUUACAUGAGAAAGGCAGAUAAUCCCUUUGAAAGUGACAAAGGAAAGCUUCAUAAAUGGUAAUUUGAGCAGAAUACUCAGCAGCAUGUAGCAAUAAAACAAUGGAAGCGUUCCACACAUUGUCAGUAAUUACAGUCUUCAGUUUCUUACUAAUUUAAAUUUGUUUACCUUUUGAGAUCAUUCUUGGAAUAUUUUUAGCAGCACAAGGCAGGAUGUCAUAUAAAACUUCCAAAACAACUGUCAUGUACAUCCACUAUUUUAUUUAUUCUUGUGUUACAGAAUUAUUAAUAAUAUUUAUGUUUAGAAUAUAUUGCGUGUUUCCUAGUUUUUCAGUUUUAACAUCUGGAGUACUUACAGCACAGAUCUGUUAAAAAAUGUAGCUUUUAUGGAUUACAAAGAUAACUAGAUAAUUACACAGUUGUAAUGCAUUAUCAUCAUUAGAAGUGCAUACAAAAUCAAUAACAUCAAGCUGACUUAUUGUCUCCUGAACUAAGUAUUUUUAAAACUGAAGUUGCUUCAUUACUGUAGUGUCUUAGGUUCUUUGAACAUGUUCAUGGUUUAUAACUAAUGGUUCAUAAACCAUAUAAGUUCAUAUAUAAACUGAACUGACUUCAUAAGAUUUUCAUUGUAGCAAAUUAAGAGAGUCAGAAUGACAAGGACAAAGAUUACAGAAAAUUUGUGGAAUAAGUGAAAAGAAUUUUGAAGUCUAUUUCCAUUACAGAAAUCCACAAAACUUAAGACUUGGUAACAGAAGUUUUAUUUAUUGUUAAAUGAUAUUGUUAAUUUUUAAUGUUGAUUUAAAGGUCCACACACACUAAUUCCAUAAGACUGUUAUUGUGUUUUUAUUGUUUUUGUAACUACAGAAGUUUAUGGGGUUAUGCAACUAAUGAAUCCGAAUUAUUUGUGUAGAAAAUUUGUAUAGACUGAAAUUGUUGAUUGAAAUAAAAUAGUACUAUUAAUAAUGAAA